AUGUGCCACCCCGGGGGAGCGGGGGGGGGGGGGGGGGGGGGGGGGGGGGCGGGGGGGGGGGGGGGGGGGGGGGGGGGGGGGGGGGGGGGUGGGGGGGGGGGGGGAAGGGGCCCCCCCCAGUCCCCUUUACCGCCCGCCCCCCAAACCCCCCCCCAACAAAAACGGACCCAUGCUCUCUCGAGGGCUCGGGGAACCUUCACUUUAUACAUUGAGUGCGCGUACACACAUUACCAAUGGGCACACAGCUGUACUGGCGUUACCACCCACCCAUCUCCACCGUGCCUCACCCCACGCAAUCGACAACAACACCGCUCGUUCCAUCACUACCACAAAAACACCGAUCCCGACACCCCACAACACCAUCCGAGCCCGCCCUCAAACAGUAAGAGUGCAACAAAAACACAAGGAAUAAAUAAAAAUUCUCUAUGGGGGGGGGGGGGGGGGGGUGGGGGGGGGGGGGUGAAAAAAUAG